AUGAGCACUCGAGCCGCGGAUCGUGCGCACUUGUAUAACCGGCAGCCAAACCCCAACUCGAGCGUCAAUGCCGAACAAACACAUCGCCUCAUGGAGGACCAGAACGACGAGAAAAUUGAUCAACUGUCGAUUCAGAUUGGAGCUCUCAAGAAGAUGACACAAGACAUCAACAACGCCGUGAAGGAAGACAACAAGUUUCUCGACGGCAUGGGACAAGACUUCGACAACACAGACUCUCUUAUGGGAGGCACGUUGAAGAAGCUCGGCAACAUGAUGGACACGGGCGGCGGCAAGCACAUGUGGAUGCUCAUUGGCUUUGUGGUUGUGGUGUUUGUGCUGCUCUACUUUUUAAUGACGGGCAAAUACUAA